AUGACGCGAUUGAUUCUUUCCACCUCGAAUAUCAUGAACGGAGGCUCCAUCAUAAGAAAACCCGGCGCGGCUUCGAAUCUCGAAUUCACAAACAGCCUUCGCAGUAACUUUCUUGCUGCUCAGCAAGACUAUUCUCCUCCCUUAUCCGCAACGAAAGAGAAUGGCAACCAUAGCGAUAUUGAAAAGCCAUCCUCUGUUCGACCGCCUUCCUCUGUCUGGACGAGUCGACAAGGAUCCGAUUACUACAUACCCACUAUAGACUGGUCUCUAUCUGGGCUCUCUGAAGAGCCAAGUCAAUACGAUGUUACUGUCAAAUUGUUUUAUCUACCUGGCGCAGACGUAAAGGAUAGAGGACAAUAUGCAAAAGAUGCAAUACAACUAGUCUUCAAGGAAUUGUGUGUACAAUCUAUCGAUCUCCUGAUUGUCUCAUUCCCGGGAAUGUCGUUCGAGGGCGAUUGUGAGUGGGUGGCAGACAAGAAGAACUCCUCUCAAGGGAACGAUGACGAAGAAGUGGCAUCCUGGCCUGUGCUUGAAGAACUGUACAACCAAGGUGUUGUCAAGAAACUGGGCCUUGCUGAAUUUGGCAGCGAGAAGCUAUCGAAAUUUCUGUCGCGGGUCAAGGUUCGGCCAAAGGUUGACCAGGUCAACGUUAAGGACUGUUGUAACGUCCCACCACCACUUUCGAAGCUUGCGAAAGUUGAAAAGAUCGAACUACUAGUACACAACGAUUGUACAGACAUCCUCCCCAGUGGGACCUUAAGAGAGCUUCUGGGUCAGGGAGUGAAAGGUGCCGGCGUGCUUUCGGAGUCUAAGCGAAGUCUUGACGGCAUGAAAGGAGACCUGACACCUAAAUGGGUUGUUAAGUACACAGCAGUCGUUAGAGAUAGAGGUGUGAUUGAGAAUAAGGGAUACUUUGCUGUUGCGGAGUUGAAAGAGUGA